AUGGCGGCCCUUUCACAGGCUCGAGGAUACACAGAAGAAGACUCUGCUGGACAGUCAAACAUUUUUGCAGUCGAGCCCAAGCAGUACGUUGCUGGGAGCUCGCGUGACACUGGCGAGAACAGCAACAAUGCUGCCCUUGUGGCUGGCGCAGUCGGAGUGGGGAUUCUAGCUGUCGGCCUCCUAGCACUGCGUGGAACGCAGCCCAACUCUGCAGUGGCCGUGCAGGAGCUCCGGAAGGAGGCAUCAAACUACCGGACGCUCAGACAAUACAAGGAUCAAUUCGCAGUUGCCACUGCAGCUCCAGAAGUUGCUAGCUUCCAGUCCUGA